AUGGAUGGUAUCACCACCCGAGUGUACCGAAGAGUCGAACGUUACUGGCGGAGGAAACCCUACAUCCGGCUCGGCGGCAACAGCACCGACGAAACCGGUCUAAACCGGCCACGCCGGUUCUGGCGGAUAAGAGUAACAUCAAAGCUGAAGUUGAGAUACUCUCCGAAGAAACUACUCACCGGAAUUCGUGACGGUUACAUGAACAUGAUGAUGCGAAUGGCGAAUUCGCAGGUGGUUGCCGGAAGCGGUGGUUUCGGUGAAGGGGUGGCGAAGUUCGGGAUGAAACCGGUGAAAGAAUACGAUGAUAAGUUGAUAAUGGAGAUCUAUAAAACGUUGGCGUUGAGACAAGCUCAGUUGGCAACUAAUGAUGGUUCGGAGAUCGGUGUUGGUCGGUGA